GCCAUAAACGCCUCACAUGCCCGCAUAAGGAUGAACAACGCGCAUCUACAUCCCGUGAGGAUACGAGUAACACAGAGGCACAGAGGCCAGAGCAGCAGGCUGAAAGAGCUACAGAUGAGGUGAAUGAGCGGCAGGAGUCACACACACCCCAGUUGAAUGCUCCCUUUCAUCCAGUGUGGAGCUUCCACUUACUGUACCCUCAGCAGAUUUAUAUCCUCACAAGCAAUUUGGUAAAUCAGUGAAAAAAAUAUGGAGAGGCUCUCCGAUAUUUUGAUGUCUUAUUCUUCUGCUGAGCCUCAGAAAAGCUCUGCAUCAUCAUGGUCUUUUUGGCAGCAGAAAGCCUCAGAGCGCUGGAAAGAAGCAAGACCAUACCACCUAAAAAGAGGCCGUUGGUCAGCCGUUGGUGCAGAGAGUGUCUUCCUGAGGAGUGCUUCUGUAGGGACUGUGAUGUAUUGCACCAGAAAAAACAGCUACUCCACAACAGGGAAUGUGUGAUUCGUGGGUUUUUUGAAGCCAUUCCUCCAACCUCAUGUGUCAUUAAAGGGCAAGAUGGAUAUUGCAUCCGUGAGCACGCUUGCAUUUUGCCAACAGUGAAGGCGCCAGACUGCUCCUGUGAAGAGACAAACUGCACCAUAUUCCCGGGCAAACCAGUGAUUUUAAUUACCAUCAAUGGGUGUUUUGAUUUGCAUCAGCCACUAUAUGUAUGUCAAACGUGCCAGCAUCUGUGGACCCCUGACUUGAAGGACCUCCUUAGGAGAGGAUAUUGGCCUGCCUCUGACACCAGUUCCACACUUUCUACACUGGACCUCCUGAGCUCCUGUCAGGAACUCAAGGUCAUCUCUCGGGGAUUCUCCAGACAAGCCUUCGCAAAGCUGCUGGAGUAUCGCACUAAGACUGGAGGAAGAUCUGGCCAAAUCAACGGCGAUACACUACAGUACAGCUUCUUAGAGUUUUCAUAUGCUUCAUUUGAGGAAGACCAGCUCUGCUGUGGUGCUCCUUUCACCUGGACGCCAGAAACGUUGUGGAAGUGUUUCAGCCGAUGGAAACAGAAAGCUAUAUCGCUUUCGCCGAGACACAAGACACAGGGAAAAGGCACAUGUGGGGACUCCCAGUGGACAACAGCGAGGGAGACAUCAAGGAGGGCUUCCAAAUUAGAUGAAGAUGGGAUGGAGGUUGCAGUGUGUUGCCACGGACUCCUUCUGAAAGCUCUUAAUAUGUACGGGGGGAGAUAUUUGCCUACUCUCUGUAUCUUCAGAAGGAGCUCAUGCCAGCCAAGGCGCAAUUCUUUGCAAUGGAUGUGACUUGCAAAUAUUGGCCAUACUUGGAGAAAGCUGCUAGGAUCUGACCACAAUGCAACCUUUCCUCAGUGUAAUGCAUGCUCGAGCCCAUGCUACCAAGUGUGUGAAGCAUGUAUAAUAUUUUUGCAUCAUAUGUACAUUUGUAAUUUUUACAAGCACAUUAAUAAUGUGAAAUUGAAGUGAAGGGCUACACUAUACUAUGUAGCCCUUUUGCUUAAUCGUUUCUUUUACAGAUUGUAAAGCCCUUUAAGAGAAAUUGUGCACAUUAAAUAAAUAGAAUUUAUUUCACCAUUUACUAAUAGAUUAAAUGGAGUGGGAGGAACCAGGAAGGAGCAGGCACAACUGCUGGUGAGGAGGUCAAGCAAGUGAACAGCUACCUCUCACGUUGUGCCCUGACAACCAAAUAUGUCAAAAGCAGCACGGCUGGACAUGCUUACAUUGCAUGCAAUGGGGUGGAACCACAAAAAACGUCUCUCUCUACAUCAGUCACUUUCAACAGUGAAGACUUGUCAGAGACUCCGGGAUGAAACGGCAAGGCUAGCUGAACUAAAAACAGAGUUACUUUGCACAGAUGAAGUGGUGUCACAGUGGCUUUCUGAUGUGAAGGAAUGGGCAGCUGGCGAGACACCAGAUACAUCUCAUGCCAGUCAAGGCACCACACACAGAGGACUUCAGCAGUCAAUUGAGGGGUUUUUACCUUAGUGUGAGGCAGCGGAAGCAAACGCUUGAAUGGUAUAACUACAGAAUAUAAUAGGUUGAUAUAUUCAAGCCACUGUAUGCAUCCUACUCCACCAAAAAAUACAUUACAUGUACAAGGUUGUAGAUUGCAACCAACUCCCCUCACCUCUCCCUUUCCAAGCUGUAGUAGAACUACUGUGGCAGACGAGAAAAAGUGAUUGGCCCUAUCUCGAGCCAGUGUUUGUUUGUCCAUUGUGGUCUACCGUAGAAACAUGGUGGCCUCUGUGGAAGGGGACCGUAUUUAGAUAAAAACUGCCCAUUCUAAAGUAAUUAAAGCACAGCAAUUCUAAUUUUCAGGAAUGUGUAUAUCCCCAAAAUGUUACACAAUGGACCUUUGGUUUAUCUGUUUGUAAAUCUAAAUAUAAAUUUUCACAUACUUCAAUUACUGCAGCUUUGCUUCAAUUUUUUAUUUAUUUAUUUUUGGGUUCAAUAUAUCUUUCCUUAUUGAACAGUGCUGUUACAAACCUCUACACCUGAUCCUGUCUUUCUAGACAGCAGCAAGCUUCGCCACCGCCUUCAAAGGAAGCUGGCAGAAGACAAAAAGCUCCUUCAGGAGAUAGAGAAAUACAAAGGUCUUGUACUAGACUCUGCCACUAACAUUGAUGUAGCUGUGGUGGAGCAUUCCCUGACUGGAGAGAGCACUCUCUAAUAUGGCCAUGGGAGGUUCAUGGCAGUGGCAAACAUUUCAAUCAAGAAACAACUGCAUGACCAAGUGCUGUUGACAGUGCGCUUGCAAGAGGAAAAAAGCAUUUUGGUGUUGGAGAUGGCACAACACUGCACAUGGUUGCAGAGCCUGCAGUGGUUCUGAAGAACAAGAUAGAUGAGGAGGGCAAGUUGAAUAAAAACCCUGUCCAUUAAAAGUAUCAGUCACAGAACUUGGAUGGAGUAGAAGUUUCAGAGUUCCAUCAGAGUUUACACAGAAGGUAGCCUGGAAGUAUAACAAUGAUACACAUAAAAAUGCCAGCCAUCCUGGUGUAUAGAUUUGAAUGGUGAAAAGUUCUUUGGCCUCAUGAAGCAGUAUUAAUGUGUAGUUUCUCCUUAAUAUUAUCUCUUUUGUAUUUUGAGAUGUAGACAAGGGAAAUUAAGGACUUUGUUGUCUCUUAAGAAGACGACUGUCAGAGGUGUCAGAAAGGUUGCAGGUGGUUCUCCAACAGUACAAGACUGCUUUAGGCCUCAGUAGUUCAGACACCAGUGAGGAUGAAGAAAACACAAUUUAGGUAAUUAAUUUAUUCAUAUGUAUGUUUGUUUGUUUUCAAAAAUAGACCAGGGGUGUUCCAUCAAGGUGGAUAAAGGAAAAGCCUGGCUUAGGAACAUUGCAGCAACGUCAACUGGCCCGUCUCAGCUCAACUCAAAGCGGGCUGACGCUGGCGCUGCAACUCAGCUUGUCAAUUUGCCAGAUGCUGAUUUUAGAAUAUAAGGCAUGGCACCUGUUUCAACAGCCAGUCAGCUUGGAGGGCUGCUUAUGUACUCCAUGCACAAGCACUGGACAUGCUUAUUCAAGCCUGGUUAAAGUCAACGUUGACUAGACAUGGCUAAAUUUCGUAAGUGGAAUGGCUUGAGCCUGCAGUGAAAGUCAAUGUUAAUUCAAGCCAGGCUUUUUCAAGAGAGCACAGCUUCUAUUAGCUGCAUUGAUAGAAUAUUCCCAUUACUGUUGAUGCUUUACACACCUCGUUCAUUCUAAAACAGCUGAGCUUCACCUUCUUAUCCUACCUUUUGCAUUUUUGUUUUUCUGUAUUUUCCCAGAUGGAAGCUGCACAAAGGACUGUAUUGAAGGAAAUGGAAGUGUAAGCAUAAGUUCUACUAGGAAGACUUAAGGUCACGUCCCAUUACAAUUAAGGUGUAGCCAAUCAGCUCUCAACAAGAUGGAUAUAAAAGCGCACUACUCACAUCCUAUUGUGUUUGCAGAUACUGCCGCUGUCAUUUCCCUCCAU